AUGGGCAGGCAGUUGAGAAGCACGGUUGCUGCUCAUGGCCAGUCAGCCAGGUGUGCACAAGGUGCCUUAUUCUUUCUGACUGAGAUUGAGAUUCUGUCUAGGAUAAAACCAGCAGUUGGUGGAGAGAUUGCAGUCAACAAGAAAGUCAGAGGGAAGAAGUCGCGUCUAGUUGAGGAUUAUCUUGAACAGAGAGACUACCUGGGAGCCAUCACAUUACUGGAGUUUCAGCGCAGUGUUGGGGACAAGGUUGAGGAUGCAGACCUCUGGUUGGCAUACUGUGCGUUCCAUCUUGGAGACUACCGCAGAGCCAUGGAGGAGUACCAGGCCCUGACAGAAAGGCCUGGCUGUUCUCCUGAUGUUUGGGUGUACUUGGCCUGCACACUUUUCUUUCUUGGCCUUUAUAAGGACGCAGAGGAGGCUGCACUUAAGGCUCCCAAAAGUCAGCUGCAGAAUCGACUGCUGUUCCACGUAGCACAUAAGUUCAGUGAUGAGAAGAAACUGAUGGGCUUCCAUCAGAACCUGGAGGAUGUGACUGAAGAUCAGCUCAGUCUGGCCUCUAUCCACUACAUGCGCUCCCACUAUCAAGAGGCCAUUGACAUCUACAAACGGGUCUUACUGCAGAACAGGGACUUCCUGGCACUGAAUGUGUAUGUGGCUCUGUGCUACUAUAAACUGGAUUACUAUGAUGUAUCUCAGGAGGUGCUAGCAGUUUACCUGCACAGUGUUCCAGACUCAACUAUCGCACUGAACCUCAAAGCCUGCAACCAUUUUAGGCUUUACAAUGGCAAAGCAGCAGAGGCAGAGCUGAAGAAUUUAAUGAACAUCUCCUCUUCAUCUAAUCAAUAUGCGAAAGAGCUAAUCAAACACAAUCUGGUUGUGUUUCGGGGUGGGGAAGGUGCUUUGCAAGUACUUCCUGCUCUUGUUGAUGUCAUCCCUGAAGCUCGACUCAACCUGGUCAUUUAUUACCUCAGACAAGAUGAUGUUCGGGCAGCCUACAGUCUCAUGAAAGAUGUUGAACCUACCACUCCACAGGAAUACAUUCUGAAAGGAGUUGUGAAUGCUGCCCUUGGACAAGAGAUGGACUCAAGAGAUCAUUUGAAUAUCGCCAAACAGUUCUUCCAGUUAGUUGGCGGCUCAGCCAGUGAAUGUGACACCAUUCCCGGCAGACAGUGCAUGGCCUCGUUCUUCUUCCUGCUCAGGCAGUUUGAAGAUGUGCUAAUUUACCUGAACUCAGUCAAGAGCUAUUUCUACAGCGAUGACGCCUUCAACUUCAACUAUGCUCAGGCCAAAGCUGCUGGGGGAAACUAUAGGGAGGCAGAGGAGAUUUUCCUGAAGAUUCAGAGCGAAAAGAUAAAAAAUGACUAUGUGUACCUAAGCUGGUUGGCACGAUGCUACAUCAUGAACCAGAAGUCUCGGAUGGCGUGGGAGCUCUAUCGGAAACUGGAGACUUCAGCUGAGUCCUUCAGCUUGCUUCAGCUCAUUGCCAAUGACUGCUACAAGAUGGGGCAGUUCUACUACGCUGCAAAAGCAUUUGAUGUUCUGGAGCAUCUUGAUCCAAGCCCAGAAUACUGGGAGGGCAAAAUAGGAGCUUGUGUUGGGAUAUUUCAGCUAAUUCUGGCACGCCGCGAGCCUCGGGAAAGACUAAAGGAGGUUGUUCAGUGGCUCACAAUCUCAGGAAACCCACAAGUGGAAUACAUCAUGAGAAUUCUGAAGAAAUGGGCGAAAGACAACAGACUUUCUCUUGAUUACUGA